AUGGAUGAAUGCUACUGUAAAGCAUACCCACUAGUGUCGUCAGAAUCUCGACUUUGGCCCAAUGAUCAACAACACUUCAGUGUAGAUUUUCAGUACUCAAACAUGCAGGUUUUGAAUGGAAGCAAAUUAGAAGAAGCCUUUGACAACGGUUUACUCCACAACUUUCAAAACAUUCCGAAGAAUGAAAUGUUGAAUGAAACAACCAUCGUGUCCUGUCUUUCCGACGUGGGUGUGCCUCAAAAUGCUCACGGUGUCGUGGUCGCAGAAGUGUUACGGUGUGCACGUGACAUGAUUGGUGACACAGCUCACACACAUACACCUGUUCUUCGUAUGCGUGUGGAAAUCGCCAUUGCUCGUGCAAACCAAGAUGAAAUAAGUGUCAGUGGAAACCAAGAUGGAAUAACUGUCACUGAAAUAAGUGUCAAUGAAAUUAGUGUCAGUGGAAACCAAGAUGGAAUAAGUGUGAGUGUUAUCGACAGCGUUAGCGAUGAUGAUAAUUUUGAGGAAGCUCAGGAAUAUGGUUUCGACGAAGACGAUGAGGAUUAUGGAUUAAUGCCUGCUGACAAGGCAUUUGUUGAAGGUUUGGAGGAUGUUCAACAAAAGGGUUCGUGUGCCAUUUGUUUCGAGGAUUUUCUUUUUGGUGUUCGUAUGCCUUGCUUGCAUGCGUUUCACAAAAGCUGCAUCAGUGAGUGGUUGCACAUAGGCAAUUCUUGCCCUUUGUGUCGCUUUUAUUUUCCUACUCAGAGUGAUUGA